AUGUCGAACGACGACCGAGGAUAUAUCCCACAAUGGGGCGAGUUGCCCGUCGAGCAAUACAUGAUCAGAUACUGGGACUUCGUAGCGGCAGAGUCCCCCGACCAACAGCGCCUCCUGCUUAUCCGGCAAUUUAUCGAUCUGGACGAGAUACCCCGCGAAUGA